AUGAUACCUGGCAAGCGAAGGACCGCAGCGAUGUCCUUCCCGAUUGCGAUAUUUGGAGCACUGAUGCUGCAUUCUGUUUCCUCACAGAACGAGCCCUCAAUAGCCUCCUCCGAUCACACCACACUUCCUACGGACUUCCAUAGUCCCCCCAUUACCUUGCAAUGCAACCUCACCAGCUCUCACAGUACCCACCAGGACAGCUACUGGAUGAAGAAUGGGGAGGAGAUCGCAGACACGCGCAGCAACAACAAGAACACAGAGUACAAGCUGAACAAACCACGAGGAGAUGAUGCUGGAGUGUACAUGUGUGUUUACAGCUUCCGGGUGAAUCCCUCAGUCAACGCCACCAUUGAGAUUAAAGCUGCUCCUGACAUCACAGGCCACAAACGAAGUGAGAACAAGAAUGAGGGCCAGCGUGCUGUACUCUACUGUAAAUCUGUGGGCUAUCCCUACCCCAUCUGGACCUGGCGCAAAUUGGACAGCGGGGUCUAUAUGGACAUCGAGAACUCAUCUGGACGCUUCUUCAUCAACAACAAAGACAACUACACUGAGCUCCACAUUAUCAACCUGGACAUUGGCUCGGAUCCAGGAGAGUACCAGUGCAAUGCCACCAACAUGAUUGGCACUUCUUCUGUGAUCUCAGUUUUGAGGGUGCGCAGCCACUUGGCGCCCCUCUGGCCUCUGUUGGGGGUUUUAGCCGAGAUCCUCAUUCUGGUCAUCAUCAUUGUCGUUUAUGAGAAGCGCAAGAAGCCAGAGGAUAUUCAAGACGAUGAUGAACCAGCUGGACCAAUGAAAACUAAUUCCACCAACAACCACAAAGACAAGAACCUCCGCCAGAGGAACACAAACUGA